GCAGCCCAACGAGUUCCAAUUCUCCUAUCCCAUAUAAUCUGCUGGUCAGCGUAUACAAACUCCAUUUCUGUUUUCCCUCUCCUUUGCCCCUCCAAGAUCCUACAUCUUUUCCUGAACUCAUCACCCCUAGCAGUCGGGCUAGUCUGCACACAUGGAUCCCCUUAGCAUCACUGCGUCUGCUCUAGGCAUCAUUGGAGCCCUCGCCACGACUUGGAAGAGUCUUAAGAAGGUCAAAGACUUACCAAAAGUCUUUGCGGAGGUCGAACGUGGUUUGCCUCUAGUCCGACAAAUACUAGAGGCUGCUAAUUCAUCCCUACGCCAGAACCCGACCGAGGACGACGCGGUCACUGCUACAUUGAUGCGCUGCAAAGAGAGGCUCGAUGACCUCCACAAGAUUUUCACAGAGCUCGAUAAGAACUGCAAAGAAAAGGGCGACAAUAAUAAUCCCGUAUCAUGGAAGCAAGCUCGUUCCAUCUACCGUCGCAUCCUGGCUAGCGUCAAGGCGCCACUAGUUGAAAGUCUAAUGGAAGAAAUAUUGAAGGACACCCGUAAUCUGGCUCUUAACCAGGUGUUCUUACUAGGGCCAGCGGUGGAUGUAAAAGACCUCGAGACGGCUAUUGAGAAGCUAUCGAAUAUGGAACCCUCGCUUCCUAAUUCAGAGCUUGGUUCUGCCGGUAUUACCAACGCAAACCAGACCGUACAAGCGGGUGGUAAGGGUCAACAGAACUUUACCCGUGGUGGCUUCAACACAUUCAACUCUGGUGAAAACAUCGUUAGCGGAGAUGGGCAUACAAUUAACUUCGGCCCCGUCGAGUAUAAGUCUCAAACUGAACAAGAUCGCGAGUAUAGCAAUCUCCCUUCAGUUUAUGAAUCGCAUUUCGUUGGUCGUAAAGAAAUUCUAAAUGAGCUUCGUAGACGGUGCGUUAGCCGCCUCGACGACUCACAAACUUCAACUCCUACCAUUACAGUUCUCACGGGAAUUGGUGGCCAGGGUAAAAGCCAAACCGCACUUCGUUAUUGCCACGACGCCAGAGCCUACCGCGCUAAGUUCUGGGUCGAUGCAUCAUCUUUGGAUAGUACAAGAAAAUCUUUCGAAAGUAUUGCGGAGAUCUUGCUACGGAACCCCCAAGGCGGUAGUGAGCAAGAUACUGCGCCUUAUCGACCUCUGACUAUUUCUAGGGUAAAGGAGAAGUUAGAAUCAUGUGAUUGGCCUUGGAUCAUUGUGUUCGACAAUUAUGAUGACGAAUCGCAGUUCCCAGACUUAGACCCUCACAGGUUCAGCUUCACCAAGCUUGUCGACUUUUUACCAACCCGUGGCAAAGGUUCCAUCAUCAUCACGACUCGAAAUACCGAAUUUGGGGCCGGUUACCAAAAUUGGGAGAAGCUGGCGGUGCCACCUAUGACGGAAGAUGACGCGCUUGCUCUCCUCCAGCGAUUCACAGAGGUGUCAGAUAACACUAGCCUCGAGCCUGCAAAAAUAAUUGUUCGAAUGCUUGGCUAUUUGCCUCUAGCAAUUGAUCAGGCCGCACGGGCUGUCCACACUUCUGAUUCAAGUUUUCAAGAAUAUCUAGAACAAUUCCAACACCGCAACGGAUCGACGAUCAAGGAUACACCUCACAAUUGGAUAAUGACGUAUGAGCGAUCUCUCGACUCAUUGGACUCCGGCAUUCAAGAUAUAGCUAUAACGAUUCUGACUCUCUCUGCCUAUUUGGCGCCGGCGGCCAUAUAUGAGAGAUUCUAUGAGGCAUAUUACUUCGAGUGUCCACCAUCACGUCGUCCGACAUGGCUCUCGUUCUUUUCCCAGUCUAAUGAGUGGAGCACUGUUAAAUUCUGGGAAUUUAUUCAUAGCCUGAGUCGAAGAAGUCUCAUACAAGUUCAAAAUGACCGGAGAAGGUCCGAUCCCGACCGAAGGCACUACUCGCUUCACCCAGUAAUUCGAGAAUGGCUACUAACUAGGAGAGGCAUAGGAAAUGAGGGCCUAGUAGAUUCACCCCAAAGCAUUCACGCUUCCAGCGCCGUCAGUCUGGUAACCGCGUUCGUAAGGAAUACUCAUGUUAAUUUAAUACCGUUCACAACACGCAUGGAUGUUCUUGGGCAUAUACGCAAAUUUUUGGAUGACAAUAUCCCCUGCCUCUACGAUGACCGAGGCAACUCAUCUAGCCCACAUCCGCCACCGGCACUAUCCUUGGCGAGGUUUUGCCGACAGUUUAGUCGCUUACAGAUUGCAGAGACUUUUCUCGAAGGCAUGGUCACUUCCAGAACAAAAGCCGAGAUACCAGAAGAUGACGAAGAAGGGAUCCAAAUGCUGCUCGAGUUCGCUGAGAUAAACGAAGACGCUGGUAAACAUACUAUAGCGCAGGCGCAUUUUGGGAAAGCGUUAAGUUAUUCUAUUAAAAUCACUCAUGUUCAAAGAUGUCGAGCUACAAUUGGACUCGCCACUACUGUUUGUAGUCAGGAGCAGUUCCGAAAAGCGCUUAAACUUGCCAAUGAGGCAUUACUACAAGCCGAGGCGCUUGGGGAUUCCGGUAACCGAUGUGCCAUACAGGCUCGAAUUAUCAUAAGCAUGGCUCAGUCAGGGUUAGGCAAUAUAGAUAAAGGCCGUUAUAUCGCCAGAGAGGCAUUUCUCCAGGCCAGUACGCAAUUUGGCCCUGCAGACAUCCUGACGAUGAAGGCUGAAAUUAAUUUCAUUGGAGGAUUCGGCCCAAGCGAGGGAAAAGUUGCCCUCCAGAGGAUGAUGUGGAACUUGGAAACGUGGAACGGACUGGAUUAUAGGCUAGCAUUGUCCGUCUACCUAAAGUUCGGCCGUCUCCUCGAUCGUCUCGGCCUCCAUCACGAUGCGCUUCUAUACUUCCACGCUGCACAGCAGCGCGAGCACGAACUUUCCCAAGAUUCGCCUUUCAGUGUGGAAAUCAGCAUCCUGGUUGCUAAGUGUUAUGAUUCGAUAGGGCAAUGCCCACAAGCAAUAGAGAUGGCGAAACGAGCUGUUACAAUCAGUCAUCGCCAGGAAGGGUAUGAGUUGUGUUUCCUUCAUGCGGCAAAUACGCUAUUCUGGUUAUGUAUAUCUGAAGGUCAAUUCUACGAGGCAAUGCCAUAUAUCUGGGUUUUGUUUACAGCGCAGACCUUUUCCGCAAUCGUUCGACGCAGGUCAAGGCUAUUACUUCUUGCCGCCGGCAUAAUUUUAGAGGUGGAUGCGCACUUCAGAGGGUUGAGUUUUGUGAACAAGCUUGUAUUGGGUAGUGCUUGCGGAUUAAUAGGUUGGGCAAUUGGAGAGCUAGAAGAUGGUAAUUAAGUAUGAUUAGGUGGGACAAAGGUGGGUUUUAAACUUAAUCAUGUACAUAUAAGGAGGUCUUCCAUCCUCACUCAUGAAGUAGUUGAACUAGUUACAACAUUCAUACCUACACCAUUAGUUAAUCAAUUAAUCAUAGAUAAAUCUCUAUACUUGUAGGUUUAUCUUGGAAACAAAGCGAUGACAUGAGGCGGCAUUGUAGGAACUUGGAGAUAUACCCCAGAUGUCAGAUCUGGAGGUAUCAAUUCUAAGCCAUCAAGCUCAAGCAGCCGAGAGCAUCGCACAACCGUUAAAAGCAAUUGAAUUGAACGAGCGGUGUUAUAACAUCGGGCGACAAGAAGAGCCAUCUAACGAC